GGGGCAGCAGCCCUUACAUUGGGGGCGGGGUUGGAGGCGGUGGAGGGUACAGCCCCUCAGUGUUGAAGAUGGAGAAUGGUGCUAACAGCAGGCAGGGCAACGGCCGGAAGAAACGGCACAGCGGGGGAGGCAGCCAGAGGAUAGACGAGAACGAAGAAGAUCCCCAUGUGAAGAAACUCCGCGACAUUCUCUCCAACAUCCAACCGCCCGACGUCUACAACCGGAUGCCCCGCUCAGUCAGCGUCAGAUGGUCCCUGCCCCAGGUGCAUUCGGGGAAUGUGGACUGCUGUUCCGAGGAUGACGUUGACCUGUCAUCUACCCGCUUCGAGCUGGUCCUGUCGGAACGCAAUAGGAGCGGCUCAUCCAAAACAUUUUACUGUCAUGGAACAGAAAACAAGUACCAAAUACCGGACCUAAAACCAGCUACGGAAUAUCAACUCAGUGUGUGUGCAAUAUUGGACAAUGUGAAGGGGGCCCUCUCCCAGCCGGCCGUCUUUGAGACCCAGGGCUGCCCGCCGGACGUCCCGCUCAUCCCCCGCCUGACCGGACGCACCAAGAACUCGUUGGGCCUGCGAUGGACCCCGCCCCUGGCCAACGGCUCCAAGAUCCACAGCUACCUCCUCCAGUGUGACAAGGGGAGUGGUUCGGGCAGUUUCGUGGAUGUCUACGAGGGACCGGACAGGAUGUUCAAGGUCACCAAGCUGCAGCCGUCCACGCUGUACAGGUUCCGUCUGCAAGCCAUCAACGACUUCGGGGCCAGUGACUUCAGUCCAGAGGUCAGUUACUACUCCUCAGGCAGCGCCCCUAACCAGCCCGAACCACCCACGCUAAGAGAGGCGAGUGCCCACAGCUUGCACCUGGAAUGGGAAAAGAGUGCCGGGGAGAUCAAUGGGUAUAUUCUGGAGAUGGAUGACGAGACGAAGAGGUAUGGCUUCCAGGUUGUGUAUCGAGGAGAGGAGACGAAUCAUCAAUGCAAAAACCUUGCCAGGAAUUCAGAGUUUAAAUUCAGGUUAUGUGCCUUUAACGAAGAGGGAAACAGUCGGUCGAGUGGAGUGGUGGCCUUCCAGACUCUGCCUGACGUGCCGCGCGCGCCUUGCAAGCUGUCACUCAAGGGCAAAGUGCACUCCACGGGCUUCAAGGUCUCAUGGGACCCGCCAAAGGAUGCUGGAGGUUCAGAUGUCACGUCAUAUUGUUUGCAAAUGAACAACGGAACAAAUGAACCGUUUCGGUCAGUUUACGAGGGCUUGGAGAGGGAAUGCAACCUAGACAACCUGGAGCCAGGCCACACCUACAGACUGAGGGUCCAGUGCUCCAGUAGAGGAGGAGAAAGUGCGUUUUCAGACGUCUGCAGUGUCACAACGUUUCCAGUUUGUCCAGGCCAGUGCCUACCUCCAAGGUUACACGGCAAGCCACGGGCAACGUCCGUCAACCUCAGAUGGAGUCCGCCGGAGUACCACGGGGGCACAUCUCUGCAGGAGUACACGAUGGAGAUGACCACAGCAGCUGACGACACACCAAAGGAGGUCUACCGAGGCGGCACGUCCAUCAUGGAGUGCACGGUUGGCACCCUGCUGCCCGGUAGACCGUAUGCCUUCAGGCUAAGGGCGUUCAACCGAAUUGGGCCUGGCCCCUUGUCGGACCCCCUGCACGUGACGACGGCUGCGGGACCGCCGGACAGCCCCACGGAACUGGUGGUCAGCAGUCGGGGCACCAGUGUGGCCUACGUCUCGUGGGAGAAGCCCUGCUGCAACGGGGCAGAGGUGCACGAGUACCGGCUGGAGAGGGCCUCGCAGAAUGGUUCCUUCUCCACGGUCUACAACGGGUUUGCCCCCUACUGCGAGCUCAAGUUCCUCCAGCCGGCCACCUUCUACUACCUGCGGGUCCAGGCCAUCAACUCGGCCGGCCCAGGCCCUUUUAGUGACGUGGCCACCUAUGAGUCGCCCCCUUCAUCCCCGGAGGCGGUGGCCUCGCUCCGCCUCCUCUCCUCCACCUCGGAGUCCCUGCUGAUCCGCUGGACGGAGCCCAACUGCUGCGGCGCAGAGAUCCUGUCCUACAACAUCGACAUUGGGGAGAAGCCCGUCAUCUCGGUGCCAGGCCACGCCAAGGAGCACUGCUUGGAGAUGCUGCAGCCCAACACCAAGUACAGGAUACGCAUCCAGGCCGUCAACAGCAUCGGCGUGGGCCCCUACAGUGCCUCCCUCAAGGUCACAACCAAAGCGCUUCCCCCGGACCCGCCCCGUCUGGAGUGUGCCCUCUAUAGCCACCAGAGCCUCAAGCUGAAGUGGGGCGACAGCGUCAAGUCGCCGGUGGACGUCCGGAUACAGAACUACACACUCGAGAUGGAGGACAGGAAAGGAAGGUACUGUAUGGUGUACUCUGGUGCUAACGUCUCCCACAAGGUCUCCAAGCUGAGCGAGCAGACGUCCUACCGAUUCCGCAUCUUUGCCAGCAACGACGCCGGCGAUGGCCCAUACUCGGAGAGUUACACCUUCACAACGACCAAAGCACCGCCUCCCUGCUUAAAAACUCCCAAAGUUAGCCACGUCACGGAAGACUGCUGUGUUGUCGUGUGGCAGGCCCUCGGUAAUAUCCAGAACGACGUUGUCAUCUACCAGUGCCAGUGCCAGAGAGUCAGAGACAGCGAGAUCAAACUGGUAUACAGGGGUUCGGGCAGCAGCAUUAUUGUCCCUGACCUGUCGCCGGGCACAGAGUACCGGGUGCGGGCCUGUGCUGUUCGCCUGCCAGAGGACGGCGGGCCGGAGCUGGUGGGCGCCUACAGCCCCUGGGAGAGCUUCCAGACGGCCAGCCCGCUCGCCACCACCGUCGCAUCUGCCGCCUCGUCUGUCGCUGCCUCAGAGGACGCCCAGCGAGACGAGGAUGCCCCGGCGGAGCCCAAGGGGCUGGAGGACCAGAAGAUUGUGGCCAUCUUCCUGGCGGGUUUCUUCUUUGUCGCCGUUAUUUUUGCUUGGAUUGUUGCCUUUUACCAUUAACUUAUGAAAGAAAUUUGCACAAGUCCAAAUAUUUUCCUUUCAAAAUGAAAAGCCACAAAUAUAAUUCCGUGCAGAGGUUUCACACCCAUAAAAACCUCGGAGAAAAAGGUACCAGUGUUUACUGCGGGUACUUUCACUCAAAACAGUGUUACCUGUAUUCCCAUCAAAGGUAAACUGGGGCUUGAAUUGCCAAAAACCGCUGCAGUUUUAAUUUAUCGCCAGCUCAGGUCAAGCGGCCCAUGUGCUUACACUUGAUGUGCGCUGGAGGGCAGGGUUCGUGCAUUUGUGGGUGCCAUUCGGUGGGUCAUUGUCCAAAAUGGCCCAGCCUCUCGUGUCCAGCUUGCAUGCCAAGGUCGCCUCCACCGUUAAUGCUUUCUCACGAAAGGUGACAGCAGGGGGGGGAGUGCGCAGUGUGGACAGAGGCGUGCAUAGCUCCCGUGUGCCCCGACGCAUCUCCAUUCCCCGUAGCUGUCUGAAAGCCAGUCACCUGAUCCUUGUAUCCUCCGACUCGUAGGUUUGUCACCCGCAUGACACGUAGAGCAAGGCUAGGAGUAACGUUGCUCUCACGUUGCUUUCACCUGUCACUGCAAAUGUUGCUGUAUCUGCACGGCGUACAUGAACAGGUUUGCAGAGAGUGCCUUCCUGCACCCAACAGUCCUGCGGUGUUACUUGUUCACAUUUUAAUUUUGGCGGGGGGGUCAAACUGUUUAUCUCUUGGGUUUUGUGACAGUCGGAAAACAGGGACUUGUGCCGGCAAAAAUCCAGAGCUGAUUGGCUGACACAUAUAGCAUAUGGUACCGAGAUGUUCCCCUCAGAAGUAGCACCUGGGUGUCAGUCUGCCAAAAGAGGGCGCUCUACUUAAUGCUAACAUGGCCGCCAUUGUCUGGCAUGACUAUCCCAGUACUAGCAGCCACAGUGACAUUGUGCAACUCUGAAUUAGAUUGAGGUGUUGCAUUGGACGAUUGCAUUUUACGCUACAUGUUGUUUGCUUGCUUUAUGUGCGAAAAUAAGAAUCCAUACUUAUUGCCCCACAUAUUUGAUUUGAUUGUCAUUUUUGAAGUUAUUCUUCCAGUUUUCAUUUUAAGUUUGGGCAUUUCUUAAGGUUUUUUGGUCUCUUGCUAUGUGGGGACGUACGUCAGUGUACGUGAAAGGUACCAUGUUUCAUGAGGUUAUCCGUGACACCCAGCACACUGUAAAGUAUGGACAGCGUUGUUGACAGUAGCCUUAUGUUGCAUUUGUGUGCGUGCAUACUCUUGACCGGGAUGGUAAGACAUGCCCCCGUUACAUCCAUCCCCAGUGUUGUUGGGGAAACCAACUUUACCGUGUGGCCUUAAAAAGUCUCGGAGAAAGGAAGUGAGACAUUUGUUGGCAGGCUUUGGCGUGUCGUAAGUCAUACCGCGGCUGGUAUCAGUGAGUGAACCAUUGCCCUGGGCCCAAGUAGUUAGCAUGGCCAAGUUGAAAAUACUGCUUACGAGUUUCCUGCACUGAGCAAAGAUAAACUGAGCGCCAGCCACAAGGAAUGUACAGUGCAGGGACAUUUUGGUUGGUAGCCUGCGCUUUGUUUAGCAAUUUUGUCUCGGUGCUUAGCAGAUAUACGUAGAAAUGCCUGCUCUGUGAUCGUGGCCCCCGGCCAAAAGAAGUACUCUCACGAUGUUGUCUCAUCUCCACAGCAAAGAAAUUAGCCCAAGUAAAAAUAUACAUUAGUUUCUCAUCUUCAUUCUUAUUCUUUUUUUCACAGAUUUCCUUUUGUUUCUGUUUUUAAAGGGGUUUCAAUCAUUUUUUUUUUCUUGCGAUUGUAUUGUGACUUCAUUUUCCUCACAAAAUACAUAACUUGGGCAUGCACGUGCAAAAAGUGCUAAAUAAGGAUGACAUCUUGCACACACAAAAUUUUCAGCCAAACUGUCAAAUCCAUCUGCCACCCUGGGGGGAAAAAAAUGGAAAACGAGCCUUCUCCCUUUCUUCAAAUAUGCCAAACAAGAAACUUUUUUUUUUACGUGGCCUUUUCACCGUGACUGCUGUGAUGAGCAUUGUGCCAUCUGAUGUCGGCUAUGCCUGUCAAGUAAGAAGUUGUUUCUAGGUGAAUUUUGGGGCUUGAUUUUUUUUCACUUGUAUGUUCCUGAAAAUGCUCUCCAUCCUUUCAAAGUCUCUUGCUUGAACACAAACGCAGGUCAUUUCUUCCUUGCAAAGAACUUACUUAGCUUCCAAAGUGCAUAAUCUCCUUUACGACUGUAUUUGCAUUGUGAGAGUGCUCCUUUGAGGUGCGCCGCGGCUAUAAACCAAAGCAGGAAACGAGAACUCGACUGUUUCUGUGACAAAAACUCAUGUAAUUUAAAACGAAUUUAAAAGUCAAAUACAGUUACAUUUUAUUUUUGGAAAAAUAGAUAUUCUGUAAAUGAUCUCAUUUCUUAUAUUUUUAAAUUUUUUUUUUCCUUCGCAAAAUGUUCAAAAAAGUUAUUUCCUUCUUCAUUUGCUUGUAGUUAACCCUUCACGCAUGUUUUGUGCAGAGUGAGAGAAAGUCGUCGGACCUCUCGUUUUGAAAUUUGUUUGUGGUCUGUGGAGUGAUACAAAGUAGCGGUGUUUAGAUGUUAAUUGAUGUGUAAAGUUGUAAAAAAAAAAGUUGUUUCUCUGUUCCUAUACAAAGAGGGAGAGGUUGACGCACACCAGAAUUCUUCCUGCAUACUGUUGUUUGUUUAGCGUGCACCACUGAGUUCUAGACAGUCCAGCCUCUUGUUCCCCAGUCCCUCAAAGUUAAAAUUUACCGAUGGCUAGUCUUGAAAAUGCUUCAUAACACUGCCAGCUUAAUGUGCCAUUCACAGAAAAAAGAAAACGUUCGGAAAUGCAGCUCUCUUUAUGCUUCAGUUGGGAUUUGUUUGUAAAUGUUUCGCUGGCGCAAAACGGGGAGUCUUUGGAGGCCUGUGCUGUAUGCUCUGUCCCCCCCAAAAAUGCAUUUUUACAAGCCCACACACAGGGGCAUUCACCAAGAAAAAGUGUGACAGAAUGUUGAAGGUGUCUGUUUCUUUCCCUGAGCUUGUUCGCUUUGACCCACAACUUUGUGUCACAGCAUUGAAAAUGGAGGAAGCAAGGCACUGUUCAUUAGAAACCUCACGAAGGAACACAAAUCUGCCGUGCACUUGUCACAAGCACAGGUGCACAUCCCACAGCAGUGAGACUUGAAACCGGUGCGCUUGCCGGACAAACCGUUGAUGCACUCUUCCACUUCAAGAGUGAUUUCAUAACUUGAUUUGAAAAUCAAACUUGUGGAUGGUUCUGUGCUGCGCCGCACAUACAGGGAGUAGCCCCAACUUCAGACUUUGGAACCAAAAUGGCUAUUCAUUAUUAUGUGUAGUAGAGCGUAUGGCUGUCGUGUGCUAACUGUCCAUGAGCACUGAUGCACAACCCACCGUUUUGGUUCCAACAUUGGAGACUCUCAUGUUGUUACUCUCUCUAUAAACAGGUCUGGUUUUGUGAAAUUGUUGAUUGUCAUAAGUGUGAAAGCGGCUUUUGCAUAAACACACACACACAAAAUAACUAAAACAAAACUUAAAGUUUUCCACAGGUGUGCCAAGUUCACUUGUAGGGGCUCAGAAAAAUAUUUUCUGAAAUGUACAACAAAAAACUACUCCCUACAACUCUGUCAAGGACAAAAGAAAGGCCCAACGUUAACUUUGGUCACAUUCUUUGGGGUGACCUUCAGUUUGACUGGAGAUGACCUGUGUGAUUUUGGCUGGUGACCGUCGUACCCUAAUUGGGAAAUAGUGGAAAUCCCAACACUUUCCCAGCACUAAGUGGCUUGAGUCCAUUUGGAAGUCGGAAGAUAGUUCUCGACAGUGAAAUUUAAUUGAUACUGUAUUAUUGUAAAUACAUCUUUACAUAAUAUCUAGCAUAAGUACAAUUGAAUGUUGAACUUAAAACAUAUAUUUACCUUAAAAAUCUGGACACCAACGCCCAGAGUUAUAUUUUUUUGAAAAACAGAAAAGAGUAUUAAGUUUAAAUCUGUAUGUGCUAGUAUUGUAUUUCAAUUCUAAACGAAAAACUGUACAAAGAAUUGAAGAGAAGGAACAAGCAGACGUAGAUGAUGAGAAAAACAGCUCUUGAAUAAAUGACUAAUUAAUUAGCUGCCACUUUGUAUGUAAUAGAUCAGCCAAAUAUGACGAGAGAUGGUAACUGUCAAGCUAAACUACGUUAUAGUACUUUGUUGUAUGCCUAGAAAAUAUGUAUGUGAAUUCUUGACACAGACAACUUUGAUUUUUUUUUUUGUGGUGUGGCCGACUAGAACUAAUAAAUAAAUGUAUUCCAUUUGGAGGGUAGCGCAAGUAAGCUUGGAAACUCUGCAGCGACCGUUUGUGCGAAGGAAUGGAUUUUUUUUCCCCUUUAGAAACAAUUACAGUGAAAGAUAUUUAUGGACGGACGCAGCACAGUUUUUGCAUGUGCGUUAUCCAGAUCCAGUACGUGUUCACGUUACCUCUGAGGACGCUAGAGCACCUCUAUUUCGCCACAGCCGGAAGGUGGGAGGCUUUCUUUUUUUUUUUCUAACAAAAAUUUGAAUCUGCCACUGUUGAAUCUAAAAACAAAGUGUGGGUGUGUGAACGUAUUCUGUCUCGAAAUUUUCUCGUCCACAGGAGUCCCCAAUUCAGAUAUGUUUUCGUGGUGCAGGUUAUCUGCUGUAUUUUCAAAGGGAACUUGAACAAAUUUAUUCCGUUUCUACUGAAGAAAUAAUGCUGCGUUCGUUUUAACAAAGUAAAGAGGAUACCAAAUUCUACCUUUUUGGUUGAAGAUAAAAUAAUCACCGGGGCCCAACUGCAUACAGGAGUAAACAUUCCCGCAUGUUCUUUCCAAUUCAUGUUCAAGUAAAGAAAAAAAAUAAAUAUGUAUUGUACAAAUGUCAUUAACAGUUAGUUUAGAACAGGUGAGAUUUAAAUUGUAAGGCUUUUCUCUCCGAUAUUAUGGUGGAAGAUUAUAGUGUAGCAGGACCAACACGUUGAAUCUCCGAUUUACUCCCUCUGGUAUUGCUGUCUGUUUAAAUGUCGGUUUUGAUUCUUAAUUUGUUUUUUUUUUUUUCGUUUCCAGAUUUAAACAUAGUGUGUUGAGGACUUAGUGUUCCAGGGAGAAAUAUCAUUUACAUUUUAUUUUUACUCGCUUACACAUUUAAAGUAUUUAUAUAUGUGUAUGUGUACACGUGCUAUGAUUCAAGCGGCUGUAGGAUUUACAGUUGGCCAUUUUGGAGUUGUGAAUAUGCUGGGGUGAAAUUUGCCUUACAAUUUUUCCAAUUGACUUUGGUGAAGACGAAUGUUUUUUUUUUUUCCCAAUUCAACAAACAUACAUCAGUUUAGAAAAACUGUAACCGAACACCAAUUUGGGAAAAACAUGUUUUUUUGUGCCGAUUGAAAGAUCCAAUCCUUUUUGUACAAUAGGAAUUUUGCGAUGGGUCUUUUUUCAUUCUCUGUGGGGGAGCUGUUGAUUUCAAACAUACCAAACACGCCACGAAGUCAACAAAAAUCCUUGCCAUAGUCACACACAACUACCUCCUGAUGUUGCAGAAGAGAAGGGGCCUCUAUCUGCAGACGGGGACUGGCGCUUUCAAAAUUGUCUGAACAUCUUAGCACGUCAAACUCUCGGUGGUCCUCGCCCUCAAAGCCCAAUUUGGUUUUCUGUUGCUGUCCGAUUUGUUCCAUCAGUCGUAGGUAGCUUAAUUGUGUGUAGGACCAAACCACCAAGAUGAUUACAUUUUAACAGCAAUGUAUAACAUGAAAGAAGGGAAACAGCAACCUAGUCAACAGUUUGGUGUCCGUGGUCUGAAACAAAAGGACGCCCAGAACCAAGGUUCAUUUUUUUUUAUUGAUCACAAAUCUGAAUACUUCAUGAUUUUAAACACUUAUUUAAAUGUAGUAUUUAAUUGUAGAAGUGAUUGUAGGGGACUUUGUGCCUGCCUGUCGGAGGGAAGAAAAGACUAUUCUUGUGCGAAUUGUAAUGAAAUUUAAUGAAUUCAGUAAAUUUACAAUAUUUUUGUGCAGCCCAUAGAACAUGGUUUAAAAAUAAUAUAUUAAUAUGGAAUAUAUGUAAAUGAAUCAAAUAUAAAAAAAAAAGUUGCUGCAACUCGUGGUGGGAAAUCUUCAAAGACAAAAUGUAUGAAUUUUUCAUUGCACAAAAUUCAACUUUGAUGGAUCUGUCCUAAUGGUGAAUCUCAUAGGUCAUUUUUAAAAGAAUUUGAUGUUUCCUUUUAAUUAGGGGGAUAUCAGUAAAUUUGUGUAGGUUUUGUGUCCACUCUGUUGGUACUCGUGACCAGUCAAGUAAUUCAGUGAACUUUGGUACUUCAUUAAAAAAGAAUUCGUAUUUUUUGUUCUUUUCAAAAGAUAAGAAAACCUCCCUUACGUUAAUUGAAAACAGUUUUCCUGCUCCAUGAAUUUGCCUGGACAUUAUUCCAAGACAUUUUUUGUCAGGUCCAGCACAGUAAGCAAACAACGCCCCCCCCGACUUUGGCAGACCAUGCCCCUCGAUAAGCUUGCCCAUCAAUUUCGCCCAGCUCUUCAGAGAAGGAAAAAUUCCAUCAACUUUUGUUUGUGUGUUUUGUUUGUUUGCUUUGACCAAAGCUGAGGUGAGACAGCAUGGUGACGGAAACAACAGCCUUCUAAUGGACUCGGUACUUUUGUGCUGGAAAUUUUAAGGGAGAUUUGUUUCGACACCUUCGAGUGAGCACAGUGCAGAAAGGCGUGGUAGAUGUGUUUUUAAAAAAGGGGGUUGGCGAUGGAGUAGGGUGGUAAAUUUUAUUCUUGGGUUUCUUGCGUCGGUUAUAUCAUUUACCGUGCUUGGUAUUUUGUAAUAUAAAUUUUAAAAAAUCGAAAAAUAAAAAAAAAGAAAUGCCUGUGUACCAGUUUACGAGAAAGUGUUGGAAAGGACACUUUGCAGCUUCGUAUCAAUAAAAAUGCCUCGCUCCAAAUCAGAAUGGA